UUAUUCAGAAGGGAACAGCUUACAGUUCAGGAAUGUCAUCUGCAGAACAGAGGUGUAGGAGGUGAUGACAGGAGAAACAGACACAGAAAUACCAGAGACAGGUGCUGUAUUUACCUUUGGAAAGAGUAAAAUAGCGAACAAUGCACCUAGCAGGUUAUGGCUAAAGAAUGAUAUACCUGUGCACAUCUCAUGCGGACAGUCACACUCAGCCUUUGUAACAGAGCAGGGCCGCUUGUUUGUGUUUGGAAAUAAUAACAGAGGUCAGCUUGGUCUACAAACCAAAGGACCAGUGAAUAAACCAGUCUGUGUUAAAGUUCUUAAAGGGGAGAGAGCUCAGUUUGUUGCCUGCGGAACUGAUCACACACUCGUGGGCACUUCACAAGGGGACAUUUUUUCAGCUGGAGGAAACAGUGAUGGACAGUUAGGACUGGGCCACUGUAAAGACAGCAUUUCUUUCCAGCGGCUCCACCCCUUUUGCGACUAUGCUCCAAUCAAAUUGCUCUCUGCAGGUGGCCACACCUCUGCCGCACUUACAGAGGAUGGCAGGCUGUUCCUGUGGGGUGAUAAUUCUGUUGGUCAGCUUGGUUUGGGAAAUGACAGUCAUACCUUAUUGCCUAAAGAGCUGAAACUGGGGCAGCCCAUUCAGUGGGUCUCAUGUGGAUACAGACACUCAGCUCUGGUCACAGAUAAUGGGGAUGUUUUCACUUUCGGGGAGAGUGCAGAUGGACGACUGGGUCUUUCUGCUCAUCAGCUGGCCAACCACAGUCAUCCUCAGCGAGUAGAAACUCUGCACGGGGUUCUGCAGGUGGCGUGUGGAGGCAAGCACACACUAGCCCUAACAGAUAAUGAGUUGUACUCUUUUGGCCGUGGGGAGUUUGGGCAGUUGGGGUUGGGGACGCUUGUGUUCGUAGCAGACACACCUGUUGCUGUCGGCCACUUCAGGAAAGGCAGGGUCACUCAUGUGACAUGUGGUGAAAACCACAGUGCACUAAUAACAGAUAGUGGUCUUCUCUACACAUUUGGAGAUGGCCGUCAUGGGAAGUUGGGCCAUGGAGAUGAGAACUUCACCAAUCAGUUCAGUCCAACUGUGUGCCAGAGGUUUUUUGAUUACUCUGUCAUGACUGUGGCAUGUGGUUCUAGCCACAUGCUGGUGUUUGCACGGCCACGGCACCAGGAAAGUGAAGAAGUUUGUUUAGAGGACGAAGAUGUUACCUACUCUUACCUGGACAGAUGUUACACCUCAAUGUUACAGGGGCAACCAUUAGAGCAUAUAGCAGACCCAGCACCUGCCUUAGUCUCACAAUCCACCUUUCUACCUUCAACUCUUCCGACUUCUCACCGCUGGAGCCUAUCAACACGUGCCAGACGGAGACAGAGGGAAAGCUCAUCUGCACAGUUUGGCCCAAAAUUUAGCAAUCUUCCUCCUCCAACAACUGGCUUUACUGCACUAGCCCUGACAGGCAACAUCCUACAGCCCAGAUCCCCGACAGACACUCCUAAACGCUUCAAAACCGAAGCCUCUGUGGAAUCUGCUUCUACCUCAAUCACACUACCUGCCAGGACACCGCCACUGCCACCCAUCACAAAGAGCCCAGAGGACUGGGUUGGAACAUCUGAAAACAGCAUGUCAGACAAGACUCAUGAAGAGAAUAAGCAUUCUGGGAGGGUGGAAAAUAUACCUCAGCAGGCUCCGCCCACUGAAGUACAGACUGGUUCUGUUUCUUAUCCAUCAGUGACAGAAUCUUCACCACCAGGCAAUCUAAAACACAAGAAGUCCAGAACCGGAGAUACAAAGAACCCUGGCAUGGCGGAGGGACAUUCUUCUGCUACAGUAUCACAAAGUAAAAUGCAAUCCAAAACAUACAAAAAACCUAUCCAGAGUACUAAUAACAAAUCUAAAAGUCAAACAGUAAAGGUCAGGUUAUCUUCAGAUAGAAUGUCUGCUAAGGAAAAGGAGGGAAGUAGUGAAACAUUCAGUACUAAUAUUGAUCCAAAGGACAACAUUUCAAAAGCAGACAAAUUUAGUAAAGCUCAACACGCAGAUUCCAGAGGUCAAGAGGUCACUGCUCUUGCUGAGAUUGAGCAGGAGACCAAGUCAAGUCCAGUUGAAAUUCAGAAGACAAGUUCUCCUGUGCAGGAAGUCGAACAUGUUAAAACAACUCCCACAAAAGUUCAAGAGGUGAAAUCUCCCAAAAUCAAAGAGAUGGGUAUACCGGUAAGAGCUACAAAAAGGGUCAAGUCGCCAGUCAAGGUUCAAGACGUGCCCUCCGGCACCACAGAGGUUAGCAAAGUUGAAUCAACACCUCAGGCAGAUGCUCAAAGAGACAUCAAGCUGUCCCUUGGAAAGGCUCAAGAGGUCAGAUCAACAGGGAUUGACACACAAGAACAGGGAAAUUCAACACCAGUCAAAAUUCCAGCUAAAAUGCAAAGCACCCCAAAAAAAGGAAAAGAAAAGAAUGAUAUUGACACAGAAGAAAGCCUAAGUGAACUUACACCAAAGAAAGCAAAAAAGAAGAGAUCAGAUGUGGAAAAAGCCCCAGUGUCAGAAACAGUACCCAAAACACCCAGCGCUCUAUCAGUCUCCAAACCCACACGAAUAUCUAAAGCAAAAAAGGGAAAACCUAUGAAGUCUGAGAACUCAAGCUUCCAGUUAAAACCUGAAAUGCCAGCACAAGAAACGACAGAAGUCAAGAGAGAAAAUGAUAUUAAAAUACCUCAGAACUCUGAUAUAACAUUUCCCCCAAUAAAGAACCGAAAAUCAGGAAGAACUGCAAAGAAAAGCCAGUCAGCUUCCAACUUGCAGUCUGAUCAUAAAAACAGUCAAUCGCCCACUGAUAAAGUGCUUACUGAACAGAAACAUGAAUUUCCAUCUAUUAACUUAGCUCCAGAAAGAGGCCACUCAUUUUCCAGUUUAUGGUCCAAUAACCAAUCAGCAACCAAUAAAUCGUCCGCCACAAAAGAAACCGAAUUAUUAUCUGGUAAAUUAAGUCCAUCAAGUUCGUCACCACAACACAAGCAGUCACCACUAAAAGAAAAUAAAUUAUCCAGAAAAAAGGUUGAAACUGAAGAGGCAGACAGGAAGCCACUGGCUGAGCAGAGCAUUGUGGGUAGUGUAGUUUCAUCACUACCGGCUGUGGCUAUAGCAAGUGCUGCACCGCUGCUGAUAAAAGCAGCUGAAGUUCUUUUUGAAACCCCACCAGAACCAAGUACUGAGAUGUCCUCAGUUUCUAAGAAAACAACAGGAAGCAAUAUCCUGCUAGAACAGGAAGUGGACCAAGACAGCACAGUUCAGGACGUAUCAGCAAUUGAGGAAACAGAUGACAGCAUAAUCAAACAGCAGAGUGCACAAGAUUUACAAAAUGAGCUAGUUUCAACUGAAAACGAAAUGUUGGUGAGUGGGAAAAUAGAGGAAGAGGAACAUGUGAAGGAUAGUGAGACAGAGAGAAAGGAAAAGGAAGGUGAAGAAGAGAGUCUCGCUGAGGAAGAAGAUGAAAGUGAGGGGGUUGGGAAGGAAGAGGAGAAAAGUGCUGUUGAAGAUGAUGAAGAACAAGAGAGUGAGAAUUAUGAAGAUAGAGAAGAGAGUGCUCAAAAGGGAGAGGAGGACUGUGGGGAAGAGGAACAUGUGAAGGAUAGUGAGACAGAGAGAAAGAAAGAGGGAGGUGAAGAAAAGAGUCUCGCUGAGGAACAAGAUGAAAGUGAGGGGGUUGGGAAGGAAGAGGAGAAAAGUGCUGUUGAAGAUGAUGAAGAACGAGAGAGCGAGAAUUAUAAAGAUAGAGAAGAGAGUGCUCAAAAGGGAGAGGAGGACAGUGGGGAAGAGGAACAUGUGAAGGAUAGUGAGACAGAGAGAAAGAAAGAGGGAGGUGAAGAAGAGAGUCUCGCUGAGGAAGAAGAUGAAGGUGAGGGGGUUGGGCAGGAGGAGGAGAACAGUGCUGUUGAAGAUGAAGAAGAAAGAGAGGGCAAGAAUUAUGAAGACAGAGGAGAGAGUCCUCAACCUGAAGAGGAGGACAGUGAGGAAGAGGAGGCAGAAGAAGAAGAAAGUGAGGCAGCAGGAGAGGAAGAGGGUGAUAGCGGACAGAGCAGCAGAAGUGAGGAGGAGAUGAGUAAAGAAGAAGGAAGUGGAGAUGAGACUGACAGAGAAGAAGAAGAGCAGAGUGAGGAACAAGAGAAAGAGGAGGGUGAGGAAGGAGAAACUGACGAUAAGGAGGAGGAAGAUGAAGAGAGUGGUGGUGAGAGCAUGGAAGAAGAGAAGGAGAGCUGGAAUGAGGGGAGUGAGGGAGAGGUGGAAGAUGGAGGGGAAGAGCAGGAAGGAGAGAGCAGUAAUGAGGAGAAAACAGAAGCAUCUGAAAGUGACAGUGAAAAUAAAAACGAGAGAUCAGAUGAAGAGGAAGGAGAGAGUGAGGAAGAGGAGGAAGAGAAUGAGACAGUGGAAGGAGAGGGAGAACAGGAAGAGAAGGGAGAAGAAGAGAGCGAGGAAGAUGAUGAGGUGGGAAAUGAAGCUGAGGAGGAAGAUCAAGAAGAAGGGAGUGAUCAUGAAGAGGAGGAGGAAGAAGAAAAUGAUGAAGAGGAAGAGGGCGAAGAAGACAAGGAAGAGGAGGUGGAUGAAGAGGAAAAUAAUGAAGAACUGAAAGACAAGAGUGAAGAAGAGGAGGAAGAGGAGAGUGUGAGAGAAAAAGAAGAGCGACAGAGUGAGAUGGAAGCUGAAGAUGAGGAAAAAACGUCAGAGACUGAUGAAGAUGAAAACAGAGAAAAACAAGAAGAGAAAGAACAAAUUGAGGAAGAGAAUGGAGAAAUAGAAGAGGAUGAAGAGCUCAGAGAAAAUGAGAAUCUUGACGUUUCAGAGACACAGGAAACUGAAAGAGGAGAUGAAGAUGAUGAGACAGACAAGAUGAAUGAAAUGAUGGAAGAAAAUAAUGAGGAAGAAGGCAGAAGUGAGGAAGAAGCAGAAGAGGAAGAAAUAGAUCAGAAGGAAGAGAAUGAAACAUCAGAAAGAAAACAGAGAGAAACUAAUGAAGAAGAAGAAGAGGAAGCUGAAGAAGAAGAUGAAGAAGAGGAGGAAGAAGAAACAGAGCAGAAAGAAAGGGAAAACAGUAGGAAACAGAGAGAAACUAGUGAAGAGGAAGAGGAACAAGAAGAAGAGAGUGAGGAAGAGGAGGAAGAAACUGAGCAAGAAGAAACCAAUAUAAAAACAGAGAAAAACAUGAGGAAACAGAGAGAAUCUAGUGAAGAGGAAGAAGAGCAGGAAGAAGAGAGUGAGGAAGAGGAGGAAGAAACUGAGCAAGAAGAAACCAAUAUAAAAACAGAGAAAAACAUGAGGAAACAGAGAGAAUCUAGUGAAGAGGAAGAGGAACAAGAAGAAGAGAAGGAGGAAGAAACUGAGCAAGAAGAAACCAAUAUAAAAACAGAGAAAAACAUGAGGAAACAGAGAGAAUCUAGUGAAGAGGAAGAGGAACAAGAAGAAGAGAGUGAGGAAGAGGAGGAAGAAACUGAGCAAGAAGAAACCAAUAUAAAAACAGAGAAAAACAUGAGGAAACAGAGAGAAUCCAGUGAAGAGGAAGAGGUAGAAGAGCAGGAAGAAGAAAGUGAGGAACAGGAGGAGGAGGAAAUAGAGCAGAAAGAAAUUAUGAGGAAACAGAGAGAAACUAGUGAAGAGGAAGAAGAACAGAGUGAAGGUGAAGAAGAAGAGGAGGAGGAAGAAACAGAGCAGGAAGAAAAGAAUACUAAAAUAGAUAAACAUAUUAGCGAGCAGAGCGACAGUAACGAGGAGGAAGAAGAACAAGAAGAAGAGGGUGAGGAAGAAGAGGAAGAAGCAAAGAAAGAAAAGAAUAUAAAAACAGAGAAAAAUGAGAGGAAACAGAGAGAAACUAGUGAAGAGGAACAAGAACAGGAAGAAGAGGCUGAGGAAGAGGAAGAAGAAGGUGAGGAAGAAGAGGAAGAGGAAGAAGAAGAGGAAGAGGAAGAAAAGACCAAAAAACUACCAAAGCAGAGAGCCAAACCGGAUGUGUUACCUCCGCGCAGACCGACAAAUGCACAGAAAGACAGACAGAAGACUAAACGAAGACAUCAACAGAAUGUUAAAGGGAAGAAGCAAACAGACAGUGGUGCGCAGGACCCUCAGUUCUGGAACAACGUCCUACCACAGUAUCUAAACCUUAAAUGAUCACUAAAACACAAAUAAAAGUGCUUUAAAAGGUUCUUCACAGCGAUGCCGUAGAAGAAUUAUUUUUGGUUCCAACAAGAACCAAUCAGUCAAAGGUUCUUUCUUACCUUUUUUAUAAUCUGAAGAGCCUUCUUUCGAUGAUGUUCUCAGAUGUUAAAGGUUCUUUAUGGAACCAUUUAAACAUAAAAGGUUCUCCUAUGCAUCGCGAAGCACCUUUAUUUUUAAGAGUGCACGCUGAACAUCUGCCUGUAUACUUACAGUUCACAGGCCUUUAUAUUUUAAAAGUGUUGUGAAUUACAGUUCUGUAAACAGGGAAACAUAAAAUGUGGUUGUUAGGAAAUUGAGCUAAUAAUAAAAAUGGUUUGUGUUAUGGUUUGUAUUUUGAUUUAAUAUAAUAUACGCCCCUAAAAGGGCUGGCUGUUUCUAACUUUUUGAAUAUCAAGUGCCUUGACUAAAAUUGUUCCAAUCGUUUUCAGUUAUAUAUGAAGAGGUCAGAUGCAAAAGCCUCUAAAUCCAUCUGACGUAUUUCUUUUGUAUAGGUUUCUAUGUAAGUACUGGUACUUCUGAUUGGGCUGAGGCUGGAAUUUAGCGAGUUUGAAGUAAAAGUAUUUGAUGGAUGUAUACUAUGUGUCAGGAGCAUUCACUCAGUAUCAUUAUCUCAUUUUUGACAGAGAUGGCUUUUAGCUGGUUUUGCAUUUGAACUCUUCAUAUUGUCAUAGUGUUCAUAUGAAUGUUAAUUUUCAAGCACAAAUGUGUGAAGUAUUUAUUUCUUUGUACAGAAAGUAAAAUAAAUCACUA